UGGGUGUGGGUGUGGGUGUGGGUGUGGGUGUGGGUUUGGGUGUGGGUGUGGGUGUGGGGUGUGGGUGUGGAUGUGGGUGGGUGUGGGUGCGUGGGUGUGGCUGUGGCUGUGGGUGGGUGUGGGUGUCGGGUAUGGGUGGGUGUGGGUGGGAGUGGGUGUGGGUGUGGGUGGGUGCGUGGGUGUGGGUGGGAGUGGGUGUGGGUGGGUGCGUGGGUGUGGGUGGGAGCGGGUGUGGGUGUCAGGUAUGGGUGUGAAUAAAGAUAGGAAACUACCGAGACCCACAACCCUUAAUAGAUCUGAUGCAUCUGAGUUUAGUCAAUUGAUUUUGAUAGAUACAUCUGAAACGCUUCGCUUCAUUGGUCUUUAUUUUCAGUAUAAUCAUUCUCAAAUUAUAAUAAUAUCAAUAGUUACAACAAAUUUCUAACAUUUGCAAAUUAUUUUUAUGGCGCAUUAAAUGAGAUAUCGAUUUAUUCUUUUAUUCAUUUACUUUGUAUUCAUCGUGCAUUGCGAACUCUUUCUGUGACAAUCAGAAUUACACAUAUGUGGCACAGGUUGCUAGUACAAAGUAAAUCUAUAUAUUAAUUUGUAAAUAAUUUAAAUUCCUUGAUUUAUUUAAGCAUAAAAAAUAUGUAUCUUUUUCUUCUGGAUGUGCCUAAUCUUCCAUUUAUUAAUGAAAAUGAACUUCUGUUAUCAUCAUCAUUAAAAUCAUUCGAUUUACAAAUAGUUAUGGCUCAAGGUAAUAUUCAUUCAAUUGGUCUUAUUCUUCGUUGUAUGCCAAAACUGGAUCAAUUUGUUUUUACAUUUAUUGUUGAUCCGAAUAUUUCACCAUUCAUUAUGGAUUUGACUGAUGAACCGAAUUGGCGCGAGAUGUGA